GUGGAAUACUGGUUUCAUGUUGAAGACGUACGCUGAGACUUAAAGCACCUCCUACAUCGUAGGAAAUUCAUCAUAUACAAUGAGCAACGUCAAGGCACUGUGGGGCUCGUUGUUAUCGGGAAUCGUAUUCGGGAUUGCCUGGGUCAUUUUUACUGAUCAGAUCGCAUAUUACACCAAAUGCAGAGAGAGUGUUCUGUCGGGCAAUCUCUGUGGUUGGAAGAAUACAUCGGAUUUUCAGAUAGCCUACAGCCAGUCGUGCUGUAACCUCGAUUGUCAACAGCGGCCGAACUCGACUUGCGGAUCAACAGUGAACGGAAUCUGCCCAGGUCCGAAUGGCGAGGUGAACUUUGCUUGCAGUUGCACCUUUCACAGCAACUGCACCACGUCUACCCCCGUGUCACAGAGCACGCUCGAUCUUGCGAAAGACAAGUAUGGCGGUUGGAAAUCUUUAGCAGGGCAAGCUCAGCUGAUCUACCUUCCUGCGGUUUUGAUACUUCUUGGGUUCUUCAUGAUCAACACUGUUGAGUCAUCGGACCUGACAGGAGAACUCGAGUAUCCGAACAACGUGUUCAUCAAGGUAUGGUUCUUCAUCGGCAGUCUGAUCACUUUUACAUCUCUGGCGAUUUCUCUCUGGCUGCUCGUCGAUGUGUUUGCGAAGGACAAAGCUCUGCAAGUGGGUCCAGGUGUGGGAACCGUCGUUCAGGUGUGCCUCGUUUCUCUCAGUUGUGCCUUGUUUUGGAUAGCUCGACGAUUUGGCGAAGAUUCGGUCAAUAUCGGCUUGUGAUAGUCACUGAAGUUAACUAGUAAAGGUGUCAACUCAAAGUU